ACUCACUCCGCCCUCUCUCUGAGUACGCCUUCACCUCACUAGCUAUGUGACAAAUCACCUCUUUAAGCCACUACUUUUUUCAGGGCAAAUUACCUAAUUUUCGUGUAUGGUAAAACUUUGAUGCUGUUCUAAUUUUCAUGUUUCUUUAUAUUAGUGAUUUGGAACAGUUUUUCACAUAACCAUUAAUAGUUUGCAAUUCUUCUUUUGAGAAUUGUUUGUUAAAGUUUACAUCCUUUAACUAUUUAUCCACUGUAGAAUGCCUCUUGGUCUUUUUUGUUCUGGUUCUCUUUGUAAACAUGGGUAGCAGACCCUUUGAAGAGAUAUUUAAAUCUAACAUUAUUUCUCCUGACCCUUUAUAGAGGGAUUUGAUUCCAAAAUUAUUUUUCCUUAAUGAACACUUGUCAUUCCCUUAUUAUUCUAAUGGCAUUGUGUGUCCAAAAAGUUUUUAAUUAUAUAUAACUGAAAUUAUCCAUUUAUCUUCUCAUGAUCAGCUUUAUCCCUUGUUUGGCUAAGAACUCUUCCCCCUAGCCAUAAAUAUAAAAGGUACUUUAUCAAGUUCUCUUUUAAUUUUAAUGUGUGACUUUUGGUAUUUAUUAAUAUUCUAUAAUAUUCAUUUUGAGCUCAUGAUGGUAUAUGGUAUAAAAUGUAGGUCUAAACUUAAGUUUCUGCCAGAUUCUCUUAACAGUUUUCCCAGGAGUUUGUUAAACAGGGAGGUCUUCCCCAAGUAAUUUGCACUCAUGGGUUUAUUAAACACUAGGUUAUUUUUUCUGAUUCUUCUCUUGGUUGUGUUGUACCAGAGAGUUUUGCUGAUUAGUACUUUAUAUUUAAUGAGACAUAAGGUCUUCUAAUACAACCGUUGACGCCAAUCCGUAAACUACGCCCACGACAGCAGCCUACUGGCGGCAGGACCAUGCCUCUUUCCUUUGUCCUUCAAAGUCAACUCCUUCCCAAGUUGGCCACCAUUUCCUUAUCCACCUGCUCCCCCAUCCCUUCACCACUCCUGCCCAAUCCAAGUCUUCCCAGGAUCUCGCCUUUCUGCGUCGGCCAACAAGCAGACAUUGCACGAAACAGACUCAAGUACGCACUACUCUGCCCUUCAAACAACGCAGGCCCCUCCUGGGUUUGGCCAUUCUUCAUUUCGCUCAAGAUGGCGGGCCGUACACGUUCCAAGACCAGAAGGCUCCGUGUGCGCCUGCGCGCCAGACGCCACCUGGCUCAGCAGCCUCCGCUCUCGUCUCUGCCCCGCCCUCGCGAGCCCGGUGCCCUUGCGCUGGGCCCGCCCCUCCCGAUCAGACUCACUCCGCCCUCUUUCUGAGUACGCCUGGAACCGCACGUAGAACUCUUCCCUCAGCUGCUUUCCCUCCCCCCAGAUCCUUCCGCCCCCUGUAAGGCGCGUCCUUGAUCGUACAGAGCAAAAGGGAUUAGCCCCUAAAACUUUACAGGUGAUUCUUCCCUGGGGGUACCACGACUUCCUUUUCUGCUUUCCACAAAGUUGAGCGCUUCUGUGGCGGGAACUUCUUUACAUAGUCCACGGGCCCCCGUUGGGAAAGAAUAGGCCGCCGGCGGAGGGAUCUUUCUGCCUCCGCGCAGUCAGUCUGACGGAGGAGGGGGGGUCGUACUGGAGUUGGGGAGGGAGGGGGCGGGAGGGACGCGAAGGGGGGGUGGGGGAGCCAAGGAAUUGUUUUCCCCUUCGCCACGCCUCUGGAUUCACGACCAGUAGCAGGAGCCGACUCUCCCCGAGGCCCCGCCCAUCCCCCUCGCGCCGGCCAAUCAGCGGCGGCAGCGGCUGGAGGGGGCGGGCACGGGCUCUGUGCGUGUCUGGCUAGAGCGUUUGGACCGAGCCGGAGGGAGCUCACGGUCGGAGGCGCCGCCGUCCGCGGAGCAGGAGUGCUGACUGAGCGGCCCAGCCUCGGGCGCCGGGGCUAGCCGGCAGCGCACGGCCCGCAGGGGCCGCCGAGGAGGGCGAGAGUGCGGGACACCGGCCGGGCGGCGGCGGCCGAGCCCGAGCCAAGCCCGCGCCCCGCACGCGCCCCGCACACGCCCCGCACACGCCCGCCCCCGACAUGGUGCUCACGCUCGGAGAAAGUUGGCCGGUGCUGGUCGGGAAGAGGUUCCUGAGCGUGUCGGCCUCCAAGGAGUGCGGGGGCAGCGGCCACAGCUUCGACGUGGAGCGCGUGGACGAGUGGCCCUGGGUGUCGGGCACUAUCCGGGCCGUGUCCCACAUCGAUGUGACCAAGAAGGACCUGAAGGUGUGUGUGGAAUUUGAUGGAGAAUCAUGGAAGAAGAGAAGAUGGAUCGAAGUAUAUAGCCUUCAAAGGAAGGCCUUUUUAGUGGAACAUAACCUGGUUUUGGCUGAGCGGCAGUCGGCUGAGAUUGUGCAGUGGCCUGCAAUACUGUACAAAUCCUUAUUGGAUAAGGCUGGUUUAGGACCCGUCACCUCCAUCCGUUUUCUUGGAGAAAACAGAAGAGUAUUCAUUUCUAAAGACCUUCUGAAGCCUAUACAGGAUGUAAAUGGCCUUCGACUUUCUCUUAUGGAUCAUCAGAAUAUCAGUAAAGAAUUUCAAGCCUUGAUUGUGAAACAUUUAGAUGAAAGCCAUUUAUUACAAGGUGACAAAAACUUAGUUGGUUCAGAAGUAAAAAUUUAUAGUUUGGAUCCAUCUACCCAGUGGUUUUCGGCAACUGUUGUCAAUGGCAAUCCAACCUCAAAAACACUCGAAGUGCGCUGUGAAGAGAUUCCAGCUCUAAAAAUUGUUGAUCCAGCACUGAUUCAUGUUGAAGUUGUACAUGACAGCCUUGGGAAUUGUGGAAAAGCUAAGAGAGUGAAUGCCGUGAAACGAAAGUCUUCUGAGAGCAAAGGAGGCCUGGAGUCAAAGCAUCCUCGACCCGGCUCAGAGGCGUCGUGCAGUCCGGGUGCUGUGCAGUCUGUUCCCUCGACAGGCCUUAGGGAGGUGCUCCCUGCGUGCACUGCGACAACUCCAGCUAGCAAGAACCUCAGGCAGAGCACUCCUCGGGCAGCUAAUUCUCCACCAAGUGUUGGAGCGAAAUCUCCUCAAGGAGAUCAUGCACAGAGUUUACCCGAAGGAUUUUCUUCUUGUCUGAACAUACAGACAGAGACACCAGGAAAGAGCACAGACCUGGAGGCACUUUGUCAGCAGCCAGCCAAAGCUGGAACAGGGGACUUAAAACACCCGAGCGAACCCAGAGUGAAGUAUACUCAGCUGAAGACUCUGAGCCGACUUCCUUUGCCCAGCACACAAAGUUAUAAUGACAGUGACAAGAAAACCCCGGUCGAGUCCUUGGUCAAAACCCCUGUGGAUCUCCUUUUGGAGGACUUACCGCAGCCCACCCAGCGGCCGCAGGAGCCUUCCCAGGAAGGACUGGAGGCAGCAGAGACUGCUGAAUUGCAGAAGCACCUGGACUGUAAACCUUCCACGUCGGAGGUAUGCGCCGCCCUCAGCAGCGAGCCUGCAGCCAGAGCCCCUCCGACCAGCCAGCCAAAUAGUGCUGAGGGCGGGGAUCCUGAAAACUCUUCCUUUGUAUGUUCUUCCCUCUGGGGGAGUUCCAAAGAGAUUGCCCCCAGUGUGAGACAUGAGAAUGACAGCUGGCACGCAGGAAGUGGCAGCAAAGUCCAGAAUGUCACUGCUCGGAAAUCAGUGUUGAUGGACCCAGCCAAGGUCAAGAAAUUGCAGCAAAGUGGUGAAGCCUUUGUACAGGAUGGCGCCUGUGCAGCUAUUACUGCGAAUCUGUCCAAGUGCCGUGAGUGCCGUUUGGAUAGCUACCGCAAGGACAAGGACUCCCCUGUCUUUUGCAGAUUCUUUCACUUCAGGAGGUUACAAUUUAACAAACAUGGUGUGUUGCGGGUGGAAGGCUUCUUGACUCCAAACAAGUAUGAUAUGGAAGCCAUUGGCUUGUGGUUGCCUUUGGCCAAAAAUGUGGUGGGUACUGAUUUGGAUACUGCAAAAUAUAUCCUCGCCAACAUCGGAGACCAUUUCUGUCAGAUGGUGAUAUCUGAAAAGGAGGCGAUGUCAACCAUCGAGCCACACAGACAAGUUGCUUGGAAACGUGCUGUUCGAGGCGUUCGAGAAAUGUGUGAUGUGUGUGACACUACAAUCUUUAACUUGCACUGGGUAUGCCCUCGCUGUGGGUUUGGGGUGUGUGUGGACUGCUUCAGGAUGAAGAAAAAAAAUGUCCAACAAGGUGGUACAUACAAGACAUUCUCCUGGCUCAAGUGUGUGAAGAGUCAAAUCCAUGAACCAGAAAGCCUCAUGCCCACACAGAUCAUUCCCGGGAAAGCUCUGUAUGAUGUGGGAGAUAUCGUUCACUCUGUAAGAGCAAAAUGGGGAAUAAAGGCAAACUGUCCUUGUUCCAGUCGACAAAUCAAACUCCUCACCAAGCCAGCCCCGAAGGAGGACACGAGACAGAAUUCUUUAGCUGGAGAAAAGCUGAGUCUAGGAACAGCCCUCCAGCGAAAUAACUGUGUGUUGGACCCAGCAAAUGGGAGCUGUGACCCUGCUACAAAGCCAAGCUGUGGCACCAAGCCCGUCUGUCCACUUAGUUCUCCUUUAAACUGGCUAGCUGACUUAACCGGUGGCAAUGUUAACAAGGAAAACAAGGAGAAACCACUCACAAUGCCAACUUUAAAAAAUGAAAACAAAUCUCUCCAGUCUCUACCCACCUUGACUAAACUUCCUACUGUUCUACACACCUUUAACAGCACAAUAUUAACCCCUGUAAGCAACAACAGCUCUGGUUUUCUCCGGAAUCUGCUGAACUCUUCUGGAGGGAAGACUGAAAAUGGCCUCAAGAACACACCAAAAAUCUUGGAUGACAUCUUUGCUUCGUUGGUUCAGAAGACGACUCCGUGUGACGCCCCUAAGAGACCUCAAGGACUGGUUAUCAAGCCCAGCAUUUUGGGAUUUGAUACUCCUCACUACUGGCUGUGCGAUAACCGCUUGCUGUGUCUACAGGAGCCCAACCAUAGGAAUAACUGGAAUGUCUUCAGGGAGUGUUGGAAACAGGGACAGCCCGUGAUGGUGUCUGGAGUGCAUCACAGACUGAAUGCAGAGCUAUGGAAACCUGACUCCUUCCGGAAGGAGUUUGGAGAGCAGGAGGUAGAUCUAGUCAACUGCAGAACUAAUGAGAUCAUUACAGGAGCCACAGUAGGAGAUUUCUGGGAUGGAUUUGAAGAUAUCCCAAGCCGCCUGAAAAAUGACGAGGAACCGAUGGUACUGAAACUUAAGGACUGGCCUCCAGGAGAAGAUUUCAGAGACAUGAUGCCUUCUCGGUUUGAAGAUUUGAUGACAAACAUCCCAUUGCCUGAGUACACCAGGAGAGAUGGCAAACUGAAUUUGGCCUCCAGAUUACCGAACUAUUUCGUGCGUCCAGAUCUGGGUCCCAAGAUGUAUAAUGCUUAUGGGUUAAUCACACCAGAAGACAGGAAGUACGGAACCACAAAUCUUCAUUUAGAUAUAUCUGAUGCAGCUAAUGUAAUGGUGUAUGUGGGCAUCCCUACCGGACAGCUCGAUCAGGAAGAUGAAGUACUUAAAACUAUCCAAGAUGGAGACUGUGAUGAACUCACAAUAAAGCGGUUUAUUGAAGGAAAAGAGAAACCAGGAGCUCUUUGGCACAUUUUUGCUGCUAAAGACACUGAGAAGAUCCGAGCCUUCCUUAAGAAGGUCUCGGAAGAACAAGGUCAAGAAAACCCUGCUGAUCAUGACCCCAUUCAUGACCAGAGCUGGUAUCUGGACCGCCCACUCAGAAAGCGUCUCCACCAAGAGCACGGCGUUCAGGGCUGGGCCAUCGUGCAGUUUCUGGGGGAUGUGGUCUUCAUCCCCGCAGGUGCCCCGCAUCAGGUUCAUAACUUAUACAGCUGCAUAAAAGUGGCAGAAGACUUUGUUUCUCCAGAGCACGUCAAACACUGCUUCUGGCUCACUCAGGAAUUUCGCUAUCUGUCUCAGACACACACUAACCAUGAAGAUAAGCUACAGGUGAAGAAUGUGAUCUACCAUGCCGUGAAAGAUGCGAUUGCAAUAUUAAAAGCCAGCGAAUCUGGCUUCAGCAAACCUUAAAAUCCAGAACCUAACUGGAACUGACCUACUGGCAGCUGUUGGGAGUUGACCUUCUGAAUCUCUGUGGACUUGGAAUUCACGUUACCUCAUCCUCCUUUUUAAGUAGUGCCUGACUUGAGAAGGUACUUUGUCUAAUGUACAUUUCUAGUGUUUACAAACACUCAGUGUGUAUAUGUAGUGACUGUCCACUGAUCCCUUGGCAUUUUAAAACUGGGACUUCUCACCUGCUACCGAGUUUUAAACCAAACUGCAAGAUUACCUCUUACUGAGCUCUGGAAACCGCCUACAACUGGUCCCCGCCUGUCUGUGAGCUGACUGUCAAAAUGGAUUUGUAACUACUGUUAGGAGUCUUUGGGGGGGGGAGCAUAUCUUGUUUUAUGAAUGUUUGGGGACUUUUCCCCUUUGAGUCCAGAGGAGGAGCCAAGAAUACAGUGGCUGAUGCAGUUCUUAAUGCAUUACCAUAGGACUUGCAUUAAGCAACAGCUAAAAAAAAAAAAAAAGAAUCUACUGUACAAUUCAUAGGAUUAACCAUCUUUAAGCAAAUGAAAUCUAAUUUAAUUGAGGCUUUGCUAAUUUCUAAGUGUUAAAGCAUUUUACAUUAAACAAUAUUCAUUUAAUA